GUGUACAGGCUUCGCUCAGUGGGGGGAUUUCCCUUACUGUCGUGCGAUGUUAGGUAACCGGAUAACUGUAGCGUCGGACGAUUCCGUGUAUAUCGGAAAUUUUACAAUACUCGGCAAUUCAUUGGUUGACGGCAUGCAACUCAAGGAAACGGUCUAUAACAUAAUUGUGCAUGUUUUCAAAUAAGCAUCCUAGUUUAGCUAGCGCCUUUAAAUAAAAAAACAGGUUAUAGCGACAAAUUAGCAAAAGUGGCGAGGACAUGAAAAUGUUUGAAACAGAAGGGAUAUUCUUCAUUCUUCUGGACGUCACCUGCGUUGUGCUGGCUGGGCUUCCAUUUGCUGUUCUAAAUCUCCAACAUAAUCCAUUCAAAACAGGAUUUUUCUGCAGUGAUGACACCAUCAAGUACCCCUUCAAAAAAGAUACUAUAUCUUAUCAGUUGUUAAUGGGAAUAAUGAUCCCAUUUGCAUUAUUUGUUAUUGUUGCUGGGGAGAGUCUUUCAGUAUAUCUCAGAUCCAGACCUUCUAUCGUUAGUGACUAUAUUGCAUGCAUCUAUAAAGCAGUUGGUUCCUUUGUGUUUGGAGCAGCAGUAAGCCAGUCUCUGACUGACAUUGCCAAGCACACCAUAGGUCGGUUGAGGCCACACUUCCUGACCAUAUGCAAACCCAACUGGAGUCUUGUGGACUGUACGGCCGGUUACAUUGAGAACUUCUCAUGUACAGGAGACAAAAGUUUGGUUAGCGAAGGCAGGCUUUCAUUUUAUUCUGGACAUGCAUCCUUUUCUAUGUACUGUAUGCUGUUCCUUGCUCUGUAUGUGCAAUCAAAAAUGAAGGCAGAAUGGGCUCGAUUGCUUCGUCCAACUCUCCAGUUCUUCCUUAUUGCCGCAUCUCUAUAUGUGGGCCUGUCACGAAUUUCAGACUACAAACAUCAUUGGAGCGAUGUUCUCACUGGAUUCAUACAGGGAGCCAUUGUGGCAGUAUUUACUGUGUUCUGUGUGUCAGAUUUCUUCAAAGCCCAUUCUAGGAGAAAUAAAGUGGAAAUCUCACACAUAACCUUACAGGAGACCACAAGCAAUGUUAACAACUAUGGGAGUACCGAGUGACUAACAGACACUAAAAAUCUGCAAAAAUAUUCCUUAAUUUACACUGGAGGAAAACCUUCAGCAAACCAGCUGCUUCUGUACCCUGUUGAGUUCUGUACAGUAAACAGCACCCACAACACAACACAAUUGUAUCUGGGUCUUUCUGGUUCCACUUCCUCAUAAACUAUAAUGAACUAUGAUAGCCAUGAAAACGUAUUUCUGUUUGUGUUCUACUGUUUGCUGUUGAGAAUUUAUAUUUAUGUGUACACUUUGUUUUAUUUUUAACAUUUGUUUUAUAUGAAAUAUGGGCAGCAAAGGAGCGUCAGCGACAUAAUAAGCAAAAAUAAUUCAUGGUCAUGACUCCUAGGAGGAAACAGUGAGUAUAGAUAUUUCCUGCAUACUCUUCAGUUUGUGCAUUACAUGGUACAUGCCAGUAAGGGAAUACCAAAUAUGGAACAUGUGCAAAAAUAUAAUGGACUUUACAUUGCUUUGCAAUUUUAUGUUCUUGUAGUUAAUGUAGGUUUUCUUUGUUCCAUUGGAUAUUGUAAAAUACUUUCAUAAUAAGAAUAAUUCAUAAUUCAUAAACAGUUUUUUUCUGUAACUUUUGGAAUUAUCAGUUCAUCGGUUUUCAUAUAUUUUGUAUCAUAUUCCUAUUAUUAAAAUAUUAUUAAAAUAUCUGUCCCAUUAA